UCGUGGAAAAUCAGCUGGCAGUCGUGAAAUCGUGAUCUGAAUUCUUUCCGAGUGGAGUGGUUCGAAAAUCGUCUCCGGGAGGUUUCUGAAUGUGAUCGGUGGGCGGAAAUCGAAUCCCCAAACCGUAUCGUGCAGUAAAUUGCGGCCUGGAAAACUUAGCAAUUUGUUAUUCAUUACUACACUAUCUGGCCUUGAUAGGAAGAGGGGUUAGGGAAAAAUAGCCAGCCAUGUCUUCUGCAGCGUACAGCAGAGUGGACGACUAUCCCAUGGAUGAUACCCUAGAGUAUUUUAUCAAGUUUCCUUCCCCCAACUUUAAAUCUGACAGCCAAGGAGCGGAAACUGAUUACGUGUUUGUUUGCAAUGAAACCAAUGUUCCGAUCGUGCUACUGCUCGGCUGGGCCGGUUGUCAGGAUAAAUAUCUGAUGAAAUACUCUAAAAUAUAUGAAGAUCGAGGGUUGAUCACGAUUCGAUACACGGCCCCGGUAGACAAUUUAUUCUGGAAGCGAACCUCCAUGUCGCAAAUCGGAGAGAAGAUAUUGAAGCUGAUUUAUGACAUGAACUUCGACAGCCAUCCUUUGAUUUUCCACGUCUUUUCCAACGGUGGAGCCUUUCUGUAUCAGCAUGUGGCGUUGGCCAACAGACGUUCCAAAAAGCCGGUGCAGAUCUGUGGCAUGAUUUUCGAUUCGGCCCCCGGCGAUCGACGGGUUUUGGGAUUAUUUCGAGCCGUCUCUGCCAUAUUGGGCAAGGAAAGGCGGUUCAACAAGCUGGUGUCGGCCUUGAUGACGGUUGGAUUGAUCUUUCUGUGGGCCUUUGAGGAUUAUUUCAAUUAUUUUCGAAGUUUCAUAAGGCCUUUUGAGGUACAGACGAAUCCAUCGCACAAUCUUAAAUACGAAAGCAAUGAGUGGCCACAACUAUUUCUCUAUUCCAGAGAAGAUCGAUUGAUACCGCAUACGGACAUCGAAAAGUUUGCGGCAUACCGUCGGAGCUGUGGCGUCGACGUCAAGAUGGUGUGUUUCGACCGAUCGGAACACGUCAAGCACUACAUCAGACAUCCGCAACAGUACGUUUACAGUGUUUGUAAGUUCAUCAACGAUUGUUUAACCACAUACUACAACAAAUAUCACACCUAAGUGGUGGCGCAGUUUGCGAAUUGUUAUGUGGAUGGGAAAAUAUAGCCGCCUUGCAGCCAAAAUAAAUAGAAAAGAAAAUUCAACCGA